AUGGAAAAGAUUGCAGCGACAGAUGUAGUGGACCUAGACAGCAUCUUGGCUUAUGCGGGACGGCUUUCUUUCGUUUUUCAUAGAUAUCGACUGCUUUCUACGGAGAAUGAGUAUCUUAUACCUAGUGUCGUUGAAGAACAUAUUAGCCUUCUCAGUUCUACCAUUGGUACGCUCAACGAAGUGCUUGGCCUUCUGAAACGAGAAGACGCGGGUAAAACCCAGAAUCACGUCUUCAGCGACGAUGGCCUUCAAUUUGUGAAUUUUCUUGUAGGAGAGUGCGCGAAGGUCUUGGAUAAGAUUGCUCCUACGGCUACAAAAGCUGCUCAGAAGGUGGAACGAAAGAAGACCCGAAAAACAGCGAAGAAAGCCAAAGAGAAUAUCAUUGCGCCUGUGGUGCCAACGCAAUUGAAGCUCGAUGAGGAAAAGUUCUUGAAUGACCUCGAGACUGCAGUGUGGUAUCGUGUAGACAACGAUACCUAUGCCUACCUAGAGCGGUUCAAAGAGAUCCAAUUGCAUCUUCUCUUGGUAUACCAAGUUGUUACCGUUGGCUCGCUUCUAGGAGAUCUAAGAGUCGAUAUCGAAAAGGUCGUUCUCUACCACGAACGUAUCAACCGUACCUUCGAUCUUGUUUGUGGCUCUUCACCAAGUCGGCGUCGAAAUUUCCGUUCCAGCAGUAGCUCUGCAUACACGCUGAGUGGGUCGGAUAGUGAUAGUGAAGCUAUCUCGGUUAUUUCUAGGAGAAGAGGAAACCCACGCCCGAAUUUCGUCACAUACUGCCCUCCGCCCCCUCCAACCUUUCCACCUGUAGACAGAUGUCGUCUUCAGCCUGCAUCGAGGGUCAUAAACAAUGCCCCACCUCCUCCACCUGUAGACAGGUGUCUUUCUCAGCCCUCGUUGAGGGUGAAUGCUCCACCCCCUCCACCCCCUGCCGUGGCAUUCAUGUCAAGAUCGCUGAUUUCAAAUUCUACCUCUUCUCCGAGAGUUAUUGACCUAACUACUCCCCAUGCCAAACCUCCCUCAUACGAGAGCCACAGAGUUCCCACUACGCCACCGUUGAAGCAAGCAUUGCCAUUAACAAACCCCCCGACCUCUUCACAAUUAUUAUCGGAUGAGAAAGGCCAAGAUAACAAGGCAGAAUCAUUAACUGAGACGGUGAAGGAGCAAUUAGUGAAGAAACCCGCGGAGCCCCGAGUACCAGAAGGUCAACUCUUUAAGUCGCCGCAUGACUGCCUUAGCUUCAAGAUCAGAAGUCUCUUUCGAAGCAAGGAGUCUCUUGCUGCUGAGAUGAGAAAAGUAUUGGAAAGUACUUCAAGUGGACUCGACGCUUUUCUCAUUCAAGGUUACGAUAUUAGGCCAAUCCCUCACUCGGCCUUUCACAGCUUGGAAGCCACGCACAUGCGUACGAUUCUAAGCCAACUGAAUGACAAUAGCUGGCUUGAGACAUUCAGCAGCCUGACAAGAUCUGAACACAGUACACUCGGCAUUGCUCUGUGUCCUUUUGGGCAGACAAAAUUGCGUCGAGAGGUAGUGGUGCUUAAGGUUUUACAGGAGAAUAAAAACAAUGUAUGGAUGCGUCUCAUUGCCAAUAAGUCUGUCACUCCUAUUUUACCACAGAAUUCAAACGGCCGAAUCAUAUUAGCCAUUGUUCGAGAGCACCUGGAUGAUGGUAAAAGGAUAAGUCCAAUACGUCGUGGAACUGUGGGAACUUCUGUACAGCACUUUCCUGUGCCACCUACACCUCCAGGGUUUUCUCAAUCAGGUCCACCACCCCCUGGAGUGCUAUCAGUUCCUCCUCACCCUCCUCCUAGAGGUACGCUAUAUCCGCCUCCACCUCCUGCUAUACUCCCAACAAUAAGACCUCCUCCAAUGACAACACCCAGAGGCUUUAGUAGUCCUCCGCCUCCACCUCCGCCCACACAUCCGGCCCCUAAACCACAUUUCAAUUCAAGCGAGGCCCAGAUCUGCAGCAACGCUGAAGCAUUGGUUGCUCUCACAACAUAUGCCGAGUAUACGCUUCGACAAGCCGAGCCUAACGAACCCAGUCUACUUCGCACAUGGUUCAAGAUAACUAUAACCCACGAAUACAACACAAUUCGCGACAUAGUCGCUCGCGUAGAAUCAUUCAACAAACGCGGAGGUUCCGUUAUCAACUCUCAACUCCGUCUCACGGAUCAACAAGCUACGCAUAUGACCAAAAUCUUUGAAGAUCUUCAAAUGAAAGAACGAGACCACAGGUUUGAAUGGUGCUGGGUCGAACUGAGUCUUCACAAUAGUAUCGGGGAAGUGGAUCUCGCUGCGCGCGGUCAUGCAGCCCAAACGGCAACGAUGAUGCAUUUAAUCGCUCGGAGAUCUCUCAAGAGAGAGUAUAAACCUUAUGAGGUUUAUAAUUGGCUUGUGCGAGGACCGCCACGCCCAGGCUUCAACAACGGUCUUCCUCCACGACCAGGCCCACCGGUCGGAAUACUACUGCCAAUGCCUGGACCUCCUCCGCCACCUCCACCACCACAACCUAGAGUAGCGCCUCCAGUUUUCGUUGAUCGCUUCAGACCACGACCAAGAGGCAAUGGGAGAGCUAAAGGUAUGAGCAUGGGUGAUCCCGAUGAUUCAGGUGGCUCAGGGAGCGAUAGUGACACUACUUAUGAUAGUAGAGACAGACGAGUGAGAAGAACACGUUGCAAUGAUAAACGUAUGGGCAGACGUUAUUUUGAUAGUGAAAUCUCGGAUGAUAGCGAUGAUGAAGAAGAUGCCAUUAAGAUUCCGAUUAUUUUGAAGAGGGGAGAUGAUGUGGUUAAGAAGCUCUUGGAUCUUUGGACACCGAAUACGGGGAACGUUGAAAAGUCAAUGGGCAGAGUGAGUGAGAGCUCCUAG